UCAGCCACCACAGCUACCACAGCUACUACAGCUACUACAGCCACUAUAUCCCCAGCAGUAGCAACAACAAUCAACCCGAUAUUCCAGAGCUGAUACAUACGCACGAACAUACAGACAACAUAAUUUCACAACGAACUGAUAACAUACGCAUGAACUUAUAGACGAACAUAAUGAGCUGAUAAACAAAUAUAAUUGGACACUCAGACAAUAACAUACGAUCAGCCACUAAAGCGAUAACACAUCUGUAUACAUACUUAAAUACUUACGCGAUAGAAUUUGACACUCUUUGAAAACUGACCUUUUCUAACUUCAAAGAAAUCCGAACCAAAAUUAAUUGGACACUUCUUAAAAGUCAAAUUACAAAUAUUUCAUUUGAUGCUCACCGACGAUCAGCUUAUCAGCUAAGUAUAAAAGACAAGACGUGACAAUAAAUCAGCCCAGUCAGUCAGUUCAGUUCAACUCUACUAUUUCAUUUGUUCAACGAGCAGAACAAUUCUCUAAAGACGAAAGCCUGGAAUGAAGAAUUAAGGACAACAAGGACAACAAAGACGACAACUAAAGCCAGGACUCCAGUUUAAGUAUCCUUUCAUAAAAAGCUUAUUCAAUUCCUUUUGCAGCUCUUAAAUCCACGAUUGUAAUAAAAGAAAGAAAGAAUAUCUAGUCUUUUAUUUUUAAAUCAGGAAUAUAAAAAAAAAAGAAGAUAGGUUAUUGCAACGCAAAACCUAUUAUUGGCGCAGUCGGCAAACGAACAGAGCAAGGAAGUUCUUAUUUCUUUUAAGCUAAAGAAUAAUGUUCUUUGGAUCUGAAUAAAAAUCCAAUAAAGAACAUUAAUUCAAAUAAAGUUUGGAAGAAAAAGAAAUUGAAUCCGGUAAAACAGGUGUGAAAGACUCACUUGUGUAUAUCGAGAGCAUUAAUUUUUAUGAAACCGUACCACAUACCAAAAAGGAAACAAAAGGAUACUGAGGAAAUGGCAACACCUGAGCAAGCAGUACAACAAGGAUUAGCAGGAAACACCAUGGAAAUAAAAUUCGACCCGCUCAAAUUCAUCAGCAGAAUGGGUGAGUAUAAUGGUGAAACUACAGCCGAACUUGUACAAUUUGUGAACAAAGUGGAAUUAUUGCUACAUAGUAUGAGCAAUUAUUCUAUACAAUCGCAAAAAUUCAUAGUAUUACAAAUUCGCGACAAAAUUGUCGGUAAAGCAAAUACCACACUAUUAAGGUAUAGUAUUGAUACCACGAGUUGGAGUGAGAUUAAAAGGAUAUUAAUCGAAAACUUCAGCGAGAGAAACACUUUUCUGCAAUUACACGAAAAAGCAGAAAAGGUGGUUCAUAAAAAUAUUACACAAACGUAUAACGAAUUGUCAAAUAUUUUAACGCGAAUGAAUAAUAAAUAUCAUCUAUCGACAGAAAGAUCAAUAGACAGAACGCCGGAAAGUAACGAGGAAUCAAUUUUGAAUUUAUUUAAAGAAAAAAUACCGAUUAAUGCAGCGAGCAUUAUCAUAUCGCGAAAUAUAACUACUUUAUUUGAAGCUUACAGGUUAUUAGAAUUAAACAAUUGGACACGGUUUGACAGUAAGUAUAAAAAUUAUAGAAACACUUCGAAUUUCAACAAGGGAAAUAACGCGAACGCAAACAGGAAUAACCAGCAAUACAACGAACACAGUGGUCAAUCUGGAAAUUUUAGACAGAAUUUUCAAUACAACACGCAGAGGAACAAUAUACAGCAAAACACGCAAAAUUUUCAACAAAACAGACGUCCGCAAAACUUUCAACAAAACGGAUACCAACAAAACUUUCAGCAAAACGAACAUCAACAAAAUUUUCAGACGCGAACACAGUUUUCAAGAGCAAACAACAACACCAGACAGACGAGAAGACAACCAGUGGAACCAAUGGAGGUAGACAAUGUAUUAAUUGAAAAUUUUCCGAAACCAGCCUCGGAGGACGAAACAUACCAAUGAUUGAAGUA